AUGCCGUCCACGUACGCCCAUGAGCCAGAUAUGCGCGCGCUGUUGACCAUCACGCGGUGCGUUUCCGCCAUGCAGCACUCGAAGAUACAGUCGUGCGCGGCCCUUUUUUCGGAUGCACAUGACAACCUCAUGCGUGAUUCAUGCGCUUCUCACGUGAGGGUGCGUAGGGAGGGGGAGCCAACUGGCUAUGCAAGCGGCACACGCGAGCCGCUGCGGGGCAAGCAGCCAUCGUCGACGAUGCGCCGAACCCGGUGGCCCAAAGCAGCACGGCGGGGCCUUGCUUUCGAGGACUCUCCAGCACCACCACCGCCAUCCUUCUCGAAGCACGCAGCGCACCGAGAGUGCAGUGCAUUCUUCACUUCAAUGAGGCUCGCAGAGGAAGACAUACGAGUGGAGGAGUAUGUGCUGGGCAUGAACAGCGACCGGAAUGCGUCAGGCAUGAGGCACGGGGAGGCCCACGAUACGCAGUCCGCUGAGUCUCGUGCAUACUGGAGCUUCGGCUCCUUACAGCAAGACAGGGACUUAAUCAGGAGUGGCACUGACGCCAGAGGUGCCCACUUUUCGGCGUUCGACGCCCCUGCCGCGUCACGCGCUGCUUCUCUCGUGUCUCCCAGCGGCGCGGCUGCACGGACGGUUUUGCAGCUAUCGACGUCUCGUUCGCAUCUGCAGCGCCAGCCGCCAUCACCGCCACCAUCGGGGCCACAGUCUGCUGCAGCUGUCGCUACACCGGGACUCGGUGCACACCCCCUCCGACUGAACAUCAGCGCUGAUGUUUGUAGCAAGAACUCUCGUGCAAGCAACCGUCGCCACCUUACCUUGUCCUCGCUCAGCGUCUCGAAGGUGAAUGAUAUAUCGUGUACCACACGAACCGAUUCUGCAUCCGCCGUCGAUGGACUGUGCCAUGCUGGCGGUUUCGACCUUGCGCAGACAAGCUCCGCGAGGCAUAGCUCACAUCAAGCGCUGCAGCGGCAGCCGGACUGCCAGGACAAGCAUGCGAGCUCCCGGCCGACUCGGUGGAUGACGUCGGAGGAGGGAGAAGCAUCUCUUGCAUUGCUGGUACAGAAGACGGUGCACAACGGUAGCGCCGCCCCGUCCGUCGCCGCCUCCCUCUCUCCGCCGUCGGUUACUGCGGCUGUGGCGCGCAACGGCAGAAGCGUGACGUCCAGCGACACGGAAGCCCUGCGACCAUCCGCGCUGCCUGCCGGUGCAUAUUCGCCUCCUCGGAGCUCGAGCGCCUCCGUCGCAUCUUUUUAUUCCCACUUCUUUUCCUCUGCUGAGCGCGGCGGCCGUCGCAGCACCAGUCGCAGUACUAGCAUGCGCCGUGAAGGCCGCAUGUACGAAGCGGAGGCGACCGCAACGGGCAGCGGCGGCACUAGGGCUCUCUUACAUGCUGAUCCCACAGCAGCUGAAGCUGGAGCAGCAGGCAGUUUUGCUCUCGAUGCGAGGGGGCACCCAGCUGACAGACGAGCCGAUGACGUUAACGCAAGUGCGGUGAGGGCGGCUUCAGAUGGCCCGCAGCACGCCACACACGCUGUUUCGGAGAAGUCGCCGUCGGUAGAUUGUGUGCCCUCCCGACCAGCCGCGUCUUCUUCACUGGAUCUUGAGCGGUAUACUCUGCCGGUGGAGUUGUUGCCUCUGCUAAGCACCACUGUGCUCGCCGUCACAGCGAGCAAGGCCUCACCCGCGCCAUUUAGCAGUUGGUCACUGCGCUUCUCUCCACCCUCCGCCGCAGCGGCUGUUGUUGCUGGCGAGGCUCGCGUGAUGGGGGCUUCGUCCUCACAGAAGUCGACGCGCAAGAGCGAGACCGCCAACGUGCGUUGCCGGGAUGUGUCCCAUGCGUCGGCUUCAUUGUCUCGUGCGUCCGGGUUGGCCUCUGCUUCUAUCGCCAUGGCGGCCAAGGCGGACGCGCGCCUCGCUGAAGCGCCGCCGACGCCGCCGGACGGGCUGUCGAGGCCGGAAGCAGCGAACACCGGUGCGGCACGUAGACAAUAUCCUUCACCGCCGCCCCUGCCUUCGCCGCGCCCUGAGUCUUCGCCAGGCGCCGACAUGUGGCGCGCGGGUGCUUUAGUGCAGCGAUCCUUAUCGCUACACGGCAGUCGCGGGGCAGAGCCGGUCUCAGAGAGAGUCGGAGAAACGCUGCUAGAGCCGCCGGCGUGCGCAGAGAGUCCCUCUUACUCCCUUCCAAGGCGCCGACGGUCUCCACUCGAAGGCGCCGCAAAUAUGCCUGAUGUGGUGGGGAGGGAUGCCCAAUCUUCCGUGUCCGCUGUGGCGGGCACUCGUGAUAUCGCCGGACCGGUGCAAUCGGUGGCAGAUGGGGGGCAGAGGAAGACACUAAUCGACCCAGCUGCCCGACUGGGGCCAGGAGAGAAAAUUGUCCAUGGCUUUCGGGGGCGACAGUACGCAGCCCCACAGUCGAAGACCAGCGACGCGGCAGACGAGCCACCGACUGCGGUGAGUGAGAUGGAGGACGACGUGCCAAGAGAAGCGGACACACGCACCGCUGGCGACCCGAUGUGUUGCCUCGCAAGAGAGGUCAGUGAGGCGCGGCGGAAUGAGCAGCAGCAGCAGCAGCAGAAACAGCAAAAGUGGCAUCACUAUGUGAUGCACGCGCCCCCCGUGAGGGCUCCCGGCGCAUCUCCGCCGAGUCGGAGCAGCGUAGUGGCUGCGUCUACUCAUCACCGGCAAACGGGCGUGCCGCUGUCUACGUCACUGGGCGUCUUCUCCGCGACAACUCCUCCUCCUCUCGCGCAACGUGGCAAUUGCAGUUUGUUUUUGGCUGGUUGCGGCGACGAUAACGCCUCUGUGCGCUCACCCGCGAUCGCUGCCAGACGGGGGGUGCAGGAAGCACCCGACAGGACCGGUAGCGGCUGCGCUCGCUGUUCACCAGCGGCUUCAAAACUCGAAGCGGUGGAGCUGGGCCACGGAGGAGCGACGGCAGCCACUGCUGAGGCGCCGGAGCAUUCGCGGCUAAAGCCCCCAGCGCUGAGCCAUGCAGCUGUUGCCUCGAUGGGGAGAAGCGAGGUAGGUAGAGGCUUGUAUCGCCUCCACAGUGACAGCGGUGUCCGAGCAAACGACGCGGGCGGUGAGGGCUUUGACAACGAGAGUCGCACUAACGGCACAACGGCGCGCCGGCCAAGGCGCUAUCACGGUGACGGCGAGUCCACCACCCGGCACAGAGUCACCGCUGACCCCGCCGCGUGCCACGCUCCGUUCGACUCACUUCACAGCGCCAGCGCGGACCUCGAUUGGGUCGCGAACGACCACGCAGCUCAGCAGCGACUGCAGCGCUUCACUGGCGACGCGGGACCACUUGCCGUGCCUUCAUCCAUCGACACCGCUGUGACCGGGUCACCGUCUGCGCUGGCAGAUUUGGCGGUGCGUGAGGGCUUUGUCAGGCGGGGACGCGUGAUGGGCUCGCAAGCUCCCGCCGCGCCGCUGCCCACCUGCGGUGCCGUGGAAACUGAGGACUUGGACCAGGGUGACCCCACGCUAUCGGUGCGGCGCGCAGACAGCUGCACGAGCCACUUCGAGGUGUUGCUGUGCACGUCAUUCGAUUCGCAAACACGAUACGAAACCCCGCCACACUCACCUUACACCCCGGUGCUUGGCUCAUCGCUCACGAACAGAGCCGGCAUCCCUUGCAUGGACUCGUUUGCUUCCCUGGAGCACACCCCGCUGCCGCAAUCUGUGACGAGUGCAGCCGCGAUGGAGGGUUCAGCGACGGAGUGCGACGCCCCUGUCAUGUCGACCUUCUUUGCAGAUGACCACGUAGCUGACGCGAUCCCGGCGGCAGUGGCUGCGCGACAAGUGACAGGGGGGCGAGACGACGACGUAGCCGACGACGUGCCUGCCACACAAGGCCUUGUGUCGGGGGUGGAGGAGAAGGCUGAGGUACAUAUCCGGCCCCACUACGUUGAGAGCGACAGCGGCCCCGGGCUGCAUUCGUCAGUGGAACGGUCGUCAUCACUUGGCUCGCAAAACCCCGACCAGCCUUCUUGUGCCACUCAACCAGCAGGGCGCACUUUCGGUGACGUCGGCGCGGAAGCUGCCCACCCCACCUCACCGACCUCUUCCAGGACGAGGAAUACGUUGGCCGCUUGCUCACAUUGUACCCCCCUGAACAGUUGCCUCCACAGCAAUUCGGUGUCCAGAGCAUGGCCUACGCACACCUGCCACGCAGCGAGCGCAUCGGCGAGUCGAGGCCUUAGGGAGGCGUACACAGGCCCAUCAAGCGAUCUCGGCACUAGCGAGGAGCCGGGAAACAGCGAUGGCGAUGGGGUGGAAGAUAGCCUCGAUGACGCACCGAUGCUGUGGGAUCGCCAUGCACCCUACCCCGCCCCCACCCUCUCCAUUGACGGCGGCGACGUGUACUCGAGCGUGCCCUCCGCGUCAACGCGGCCCCCGCCUCCGCGGGGGCCGCUGCGCGAGCCACGGCAGCAGGUGCACUGGCAGCGAGAGACUUCUCUGCUGUCCUCCUCUUCGGCACACGUGAAUGAUGCGGAGGACACGGUGGCAGCGUUGAAGUCGACGGUUAUUGCUCACGGAACAGGAGGCUGCCGAGCGGAAGCGGGGGAAGGCAGCCACCGCCACGUGGCGCCAGAGUUGUCUUCCUCGAUAGCUUCGAUCAACGCGGUCUCGUCGGUGACGACCUCAUCGCGACUCCGACGUGGGUACCACCCGGGCGAGAGGCAAGAGGAAAAGCAGGAGCCCAAUGACGUGCCGGAGACUUACACUCAGCGCUUGCAACAGUGGCAGCAGGCCCAGGAUAAUGAUGUGCAGCCGCAGGCAUUGUGUAGGGUGCUUAGCAGCGAUUUCUUUGCUAGUAGGUCGUGCCCUCGCAGGGGCAGCGAAAGCACGCAGCCCUACGACGCGGAAGGGGGCCACGGCAGAGGCGACAUGCUGGAUGGGCACGAGCAUGAACCAAACAGGAUAGUGAACGACGGUGGUGGUGGUGGCGAAGACUGUGGAGACUUCGCCGCGUCGGCCCCGUCCUCGCUGCCGUCACGUGCGGGCUCCAUGCAGGCCAACGCCCUGAUCGGGUCCGCCGCGGCCGAGUUACGUGAAGGCCGACCUUCUACCGCUUCGUACUCAUCGACUUGCGCGACGGCGUCGGCGACGGCGGUGUCAGCGGCAACGGCGGCCAAGACGCCAGAGUGUCGCGCACCCGCGUCAUGGCAGCGCACGCGCCUCUCCAUUCCAGUGGUGCUUUCGAAGCCGCCGAUAGACGCUGGAGCGAGUCGACGUCGGCGUACCAAUGGACUGCGCCGCAGCUCUGCCCUCCCCUUCAGUAACGGCGACUCCGCCGUAGUGUCGCAGGCGGCUGGGAUCUACCCGCGACGACAGCAGGCGAUGACGUCGGCGGAAGUAGACAGCUUUAGCGCCGACGCGGAUGAGGAUGAGGAUGAGGAUGGCGGGUACUGCAGUUAUGGAUAUGAAAGCGACCUAGUCUACGUGUGA